CUGUGGGACUAUCACAGACAUCCGAGACGGAUCCCUCAGUACCAUCUUCUGCAAUGGAGCCGUCGGCCGCUACAUAACCAUUGUCAUCCCUGGAGAGGAAAAAAUCCUGACUCUAUGUGAAGUGGAGGUCUACGGAACCAAUGCACCGAUGCUGGUCUUCUGGGCUUGGACGCUGGCCCUGGGGCUGCUGGCGGGGCGUGGGGAGGCCCAGAGCUGCACGCAAGAAUACGGAGCCUUGACCUGUACUCACACCAAGCUGCAGGACAAACCCUGGUGGUCAGUGGACUUGGGCAGGGAAUACUCCAUCUCCAUUGUGGUGGUGAAAAACCGGCAGGACUGCUGUGGAGAGAGGAUCCGGGGGGCCACGGUCUAUGUGGGGAAUCGCAUGGGUGACUUCAGUGAAAGCAGCAUCAACUGUGGAACCAUCACAGACCUCCGGGAAGGAUCGCUCACUACCAUCCACUGCAAUGGAGCCAUCGGACGCUUCGUAACCGUCGCCAUCCCCGGCGGGGAAUCAUAUCUGACUCUAUGUGAGGUGGAGGUCCAUGGCACCGAUGCCCUGAUGCUGGUCUUCUGGGCUUGGAUGCUGGCCCUGGGGCUGCUGGUGGGGCGCGGGGAGGGCUUCAGCUGCACGCAAGAAUUUGGAGCCUUGACCUGUACUCACACCGAGCGGCAGUACAGACCUUGGUGGUCAGUGGACUUGGGCAGACAAUACUCCAUCUCGGUGGUGGUGGUGAAAAACCGGCAGGACUGCUGUGGAGAGAGGAUCCGCGGGGCCACGAUCCGUGUGGGACACCGCAUGGGUGACAUCAGUACAAGCAGUGUGUCCUGUGGGACUAUCACAGACAUCCGAAAAGGAUCCCUCAGUACCAUCUUCUGCAAUGGAGCCGUGGGCCGCUACGUAACCAUUGUCAUCCCUGGACGGGAAUCAAUCCUGACUCUAUGUGAGGUGGAAGUCUAUGGCACCAAUGCACCGCCCAAUUGA